GGUGUUGAUGUCGUCUGACAAUCUUUGAUCCAUGCCUGUGGGUAUAUAUUGUCCCUAAAAUCCCCUUGAGAAGUGGGUCGCAUAACGGCUUCCACGAUCUUCCCUUGGCACCUUCCCUGCAGCCUCACUCACCGAAGGCAUUGUAGAACCGGCAAGGAACUGGUUCUGAUUCUGAGCUGCAUGGUUAAGACCGGCACACAACUCUUGGAUGCCUGUAAAGGGUUUCCAAACAAGUAAAAGACUAGCUCAAAGUUCAUCGUCUUGUCAAACGGCCGGCGUUCGGAAUGAAUACACAAGAUAAGUGUUUGGACGCCUCAUUUUUAGAGCGGCAGAAGCAAAAGAGUAGAUCUCAUGAUGCCGUUCAAUUGUAGCCGGGAGUGCCUUAUAAACAGUUCCCCCUUCCCCACCUCUCGCUCUACACUGCAAUCCAUGUUUAGUGUUCCGGGGAUCGCUCUCAUCACAGGAGCAGGUAGCGGCAUCGGGAGAGCCACUGCUCUUGCGUUCGCUCGAGCCGGAGCUUCAGGUCUUCACCUUGUCGACAUAAACCGUGCUCGCCUGGAACAAACCUCCAAGGAUGUCGCGUCUAUGGUGACGAACCCAGAAUUCAAAUCCCACAUGUCGGAGGUGGAUGUGACGAAGGAAGAUCGAGUUGUCCAAAUGGUUCAUGACACUGUGAAGACGUUUGGAAGAAUCGAUUACGCUGCCAAUAUCGCCGGGAUAACCGAAAGUGUCCUCGGACCAACGGCUGAUACAUCGCUGGAGACUUAUGAUCGAGUAAACAAUUUGAAUGCUCGGGGUGUUUUCCUGUGCAUGCGCGAACAACUCAAGGCCAUGAGGUGGCAAGAACCCUUGGUUCGUAUACCCGGACGGCCAGGCAUGCGCGGAUCCAUCAUCAAUAUGAGUAGCAUCGCCGGUUGCAUCGGGCUCAAGAAUGUGACGAGCUAUGUCGCGUCCAAACAUGCUGUCGUGGGGAUGACCAAAGCCGCUGCUCUCAACCACAGUAUAGAUGGCAUUCGAGUCAACGCUGUGUGUCCAGGAUAUGUGGAUACACCCUUGUUGCAAAAUGUAAGGGAAUACGUGGAUUUUUCCAUGCUGGAAAAGAUGACCCCGAUGAAUAGGCUUGGUUUGCCGGAGGAGGUUGCGGAUGUUGUCGUAUUCAUAGCUAGUGAGCGAGCGAGUUAUGUAACGGGGCACUCAUUUGUUGUAGAUGGAGGAUUCAGUAUUGCAUAAGGUUCAUCUUGUUAUGUGGCAAGCUUUUCUUUGUUCACAUCUCUAACGAAAUUCAUGGCUAGUUUGUCCUUGCACCUUAUCUACAAAUAACCUAGCUUUGUGCUGAUCGAGAUUCGAGAAAGCAGAUCGAAGUUUUAAUGAGAAUACUCCCGGUCUUCUUGCC